UAACUGUCUUAUAUGAAACGUGUUGGUAAACAUGAUCUGCAGACUGGAGAAGCAUAACUGACAUGAACUGACACGACUGCGUCAAGUAUUUGCAGAUGUCACUGACAGUUAACUGGGAGGAAACCACUGAAGAGACAGAAGCAACUUUUGCUGAUGACGUCCUGGGCAUCUUGUUCUGACUGACACUUGACUAAACUCACAAACCCAACCAGCAUUACUUUCCACAAUCAGCAGCAAGUACUUCCAGAUCUGUCAUGGAGGAAAAACACAUACAAGGAAAAAAAGUAAUACAGUUCAAUGGUGUUGUGCGUGAGUUUAAGCCUGAGGAUCGAGUGCACGUACAACGCAUCUUUUCUGAGGGGAUGAUGGAGAUGAUAUACGACACGUCUAUCAGAGGCUUCAGAUAUCAUCCUGAGAGCCUCCUGCUCUAUUCAGCUAUGACAAUUGCUGGCUUCGUGCUCACCAAGUGUUGGUGGAUGAUAGUACUCCUCCCUGUGCUGGUGCUGUGUGGCCGUUAUUUGUGCAGCAGGUGGGUGAUUCUGGCUUAUCUGACGGAAGCCAUGAGGACUGACAUGAGCCACAUGGAAGAAGUCUACAUAAACUCACCAAACUCGUGCCUGUGGGUCGCCGUUCUAAAAGACCAAGUGGUGGGCGUCGUAGCGGCAGUUCAUGAAGGAAAAAAUUCUGCCCGGCUGAAGCGCAUGUCAGUGGACAGGAGGUUCCGCAGAUGCGGAGUGGGCAAGGCUCUUGGGUGGAAAGUUCUGGAGUAUGCCGUCGCUCAGGGAUUCUCCACUGUUGUGCUGGGAACCACGGCCUACUCGGCCGCUGCCCACAAACUCUACCAGGGACUGGGAUUUCAGUGUGUUGCAGUUGAAAAUGGGCACAUGGCGCCUAGUGAACCAACAUUUCCUCUGAUAGGAAUAUUCUACAGGGUCUACCUUAAUCACUACAUCCUGGAAGUGCAAAAUAUACCUGUUGACCUUUGUAAGAGACAAGAAUAGGUGCGUAAUCAUCAUUUUGAAACAUCCUGGAUUAGCGACAUCGUGUGACUGGACGAAUAACGAGUGUGUAGAAGAUUAGGCAUUCCGUCAAAUUAGAGUCUUACUGUAUCACGUUGGGUGUUGUCAAAUUUGGCAAUUCCUUUUGCCUCCGAACUUUAGGCAAGGGAUGAGUAUUGGCUGAAACAUGUACUCAAGUUACUUAAACGUUUGUGGUAUAAUCUAGUCCAGAUUUGACCUGGACUAAUGCGGUCUGCAUGCUUUAAAAUGGGUUAUGGGUGUCUUCAUAGCGUUUUCACAAAUGAAUUAAAGGUUUCAGGUUCAAGGUUUGAAGAAUUUAUUGUCAUAUACACAAUAUGAAACAUGUUUCGCCUGUACAAUUCUUUCUUUGCUGAACACACUAAUGCCAAGUAAUAAUAUAAAGAGAAAAGAAAUAAUUAUAUAUUUUAUGCAGAGAAUAUGUGGCAGUGUGCAUAUUUUGUAACGUGUACAGAAAUCAGUGUGCAUCUGAACUUGUGUAAAACUGCAGUAUAGAUCAGGUACUGCGUAUGAUGUUGAUAUAGUGAGAAUACAUGACUGUGAUUACAACUCCUGUCAGCGGUUUAGGGGUAUGAUGGUUGAGGGAAAGAAAGCGUUUUUUUAGUCACCAAAUGAUUCCCAAGCGCGGCCACCGCUGUUGCUCACUGCUCCCCUCACCUCCAAGGGAGUGAACAUGAGGAUGGGUCAAAUGCAGAGCAUAAUUUCACCACUCCUAGUGUGUGUGUGACUAUCGUUGGGACUUUAUCUUAACUUUAACUUUAACAGUUUAACAGUUUGUGCUGGGGGUGGUGUCGUACGUGGACCAAUAAACAUUGAAAAAAAAAUGG